UCUUCAGUCCCAUUAGCGAGUAGCGGAUGAAUGGCGACACACGUACUUUUUUUGACACGAGGACUAAAACAGCUGUCUGGAAUCUGAAAAGGCCGGAUUCUUCUUCUUCUUCUUUUAUAUAUAUAUAUAUAUAUAUAUUUUGUAACGGCGCAUUUUAGCUACCAUUCCUGGAUUUAUCCAUUCGCCAUCACUCUUGGAAGCUGCUGGUCUUGAAAUGGCUUCUGGGGAACAGCAGGGUCGUGUCGAGACAUUUGUGGAUUAACCUUUCUUUUUUAAAAAUUACCCCCCCCCCACCUCCCCUGUCCCGCUCUAAAAACGUCACAAAGCCGCCGAAAUGCGCCUCUUUUUCAACCAAUCAACCACAUGAGCGGAGUCUAAACCGACACUUCUCAUUCACAUCCACAUCAUCCCUCCUCAUUUUCUUUCUAAUACGCUGCAAUCAUCGUGCUGGUAAAAUAUGGAAAGUGAGGUUUUUAGCCCCCUGCUGGAGCACUUCAUGGUGUCACCUCUGGUCUGCUGGGUGAAGACCGUGGGGCAGCCCACGGUGACAGAUGGCAGCAAACUGUCAGAAUAUGUGCAAUUGAUGGAUGGAGUUUACCUCAAUGAGGUCAUGCUGGAGAUCAAUCCCAAGGCUACGGUGCAGAGGACCAACAAGAAGGUGAACAACGACCCCACGCUGCGAAUCCAGAACCUUUCCAUUCUCAUCCGGCAGAUCAAAACCUACUAUCAGGAGACGCUCCAGCAGCUGGUGAUGAUGCCUCUCCCCAAUGUGUUGGUCCUGGGUCGGAACCCUCUCACCGAGCGAGGGCUGGAAGAGAUGAAGAAGCUCUUGCUGCUGCUGUUGGGCUGCGCUGUCCAGUGCGAGAAAAAGGAAGAUUACAUCGAGCGCAUCCAGACUCUGGAUUUCGACACCAAAGCUGCCAUCGCGUCCCACAUACAAGAGGUGACGCACAACCAGGAGAAUGUGGUGGAUCUGCAGUGGCUGGAGAGCGGGGAGCUGCCGGCCGAGGACCUGGAGAACCUGUCCAGGAACCUGGCCUUUCAUCUCAAACACGUGGUGGACGACAGGGACAUGCAGCUGGAGACGAUCGUGGAGCUGACCCAAGAGAGGGACUGCGUUCAGCUGUCCCCGCUGGGUGCCGGUCCGGCCCAGUCGCCCAACGGCUCCCCCGGUAUGAGGAGGACGGAGAGCCGGCAGCACCUCUCCGUGGAGCUGGCCGAUGCCAAGGCCAAGAUCAGACGUAUACGCCAGGAAUUAGAAGAGAAGAGUGAGCAGCUUCUGGACACGCGGCAAGAGCUGGAAAACAUGGAGGUGGAGCUCAAGAGGAUUCAACAGGAGAGCUAUCAGCUUCUGUCGGACGCUCGCUCGGCCCGGGCGUACCGUGACGAGCUGGACGCCCUCCGGGAGAAAGCCGUCCGUGUGGACAAGUUGGAGAGCGAGCUGAGCCGCUACAAGGAGAGACUCCACGACAUCGAGUUCUACAAGGCCAGAGUGGAGGAGUUGAAGGAGGACAACCAGGUCCUGCUGGAGACCAAAAGCAUGCUCGAGGAGCAACUGGACGCCAGCAGGAGCCGAUCUGACAAAAUGCACCUCCUGGAGAAGGAGAAUCUGCAGCUGAAAUCUAAAAUCCACGAUCUCGAGACGGAGAGAGACUUGGAUCGCAAGCGAAUGGAGGAACUGUUGGAGGAAAAUCUGGUGCUGGAAAUGGCCCAGAAACAGAGCAUGGAUGAGUCGUUACACCUGGGCUGGGAGCUGGAACAACUGUCCAAAACACCGGAGCUGACUGAGGCCCCUCAGAAGUCCCUCGGCGAAGAAGUGAACGAGCUAACGUCUAGUCGCCUGCUGAAGCUGGAAAAGGACAACCAGACGCUGCUGAAGACAGUGGAGGAGCUCCGAGGAGGCACCGGUCCAGGCUCGGUGGCCAAACUGGGCAAAGUUAGCCAGGAGAACCAGAGCCUCAACCAAAAACUGGAGCAUCUGGAAAGCGAACUGGCGACCGAGAGAGAGUCGUUCCGCAGCGCAGAGUCUUUGAGCACAGACCUGAUGAAGGAGAAGGCCUUGCUGGAGAAGACGCUGGAAACGCUGCGGGAAAACUCAGAGAGACAGCUGAAGGGUCUGGAGCAGGAGAACCAGCACCUGAGCCAGACGGUGUCAUCCCUGCGCCAGCGAAGCCAGGUCGGUGCCGAGGCUCGCGUCAAGGAUGUGGAGAAGGAAAACCGUAUCCUCCACGAUUCCAUCUGCGAGACCACGGGCCAGCUCAACAAGAUGGAGUUUGAGCGGAAACAGCUGAGAAAAGAACUGGAGGCCAUGAAGGAGAAAGGCGAGAGAGCGGAGGAGUUGGAGAUCCUGCUCCAGAAGCUGGAGAGGGACAACGAGAGUCUGCAGAAGAAGGUGGCCAGUCUGGGAAUUACCUGCGAGAAGGUGUCGGCAUUGGAGAAGGAGAACGCCGACCUGGAGGUGGAGAGCCGGCGCCUCAAGAAGAAGCUCGACGGUCUAAAGAACAUGGCCUUCCAACUGGAGGCACUGGAGAAGGAGAACUCUCAGCUGGAGCAGGAGAACCUGGAGUUGCGGCGCUCGGCCGAAAGCUUCCGAUCGGCCGGGGCCAAGGCCGUGCAGCUGCGGGCAGAGAACAGGGAGCUGGAGAGCGAGAGGAGCCAACUGAAGCGCAGCCUGGAGCUCCUCAAGGCCACCACCAAGAAGACGGAGAGAUUAGAGGUGAGCUACCAGGGCCUGGAUACAGAGAACCAGCGCUUGCAGAAGGCGCUGGAGAACAGCAGCAAGAAGAUCCAGCAGCUGGAGGCUGAGCUGCAGGAGGUGGAAUCCGAGAACCAAAGCCUCCAACGAAACUUGGAGGAGCUCAAGAUCUCCAGCAAGCGCCUAGAGCAGCUGGAGCAGGAGAACAAGACGCUUGAGCAAGAGAGCUCCCAGCUGGAAAAGGACAAGAAGCUCCUGGAGAAGGAGAACAAGCGGCUGAGACAGCAGGCCGAGAUCCGCGACUCCAAGCUGGACGACAGCAACCAGCGCAUCUCCUCGCUGGAGAAGGAGAACCGCACCAUGGGCAAGGAGAUGAUCUUCUUCCGGGACUCGUGCACACGGAUCAAAGACCUGGAGAGGGAGAACAAGGAGCUUGUCAAACAAGGCACCAUCGAUAAGAGGACCCUCAUCACGCUCCGAGAGGAGCUGGUAAGCGAGAAGCUGCGCACGCAACAGAUGAACAAUGACCUUGAAAAACUGACGCACGAGCUAGAGAAGAUGGGCCUGAACAAGGAAAGGCUGCUCCUCGACGAGGACUCGGACGACAGGUUUAAGCUCCUGGAAAGCAAGCUGGAGUCAACGCUGAAGUCCUCGUUGGAGAUCAAAGAGGAGAAGAUCGCCGCCCUCGAGGCCAGACUGCAGGAGUCGUCCAACCUGAACCAGCAACUUCGCCAGGAACUCAAGACCGUGAAAAAGAACUACGAGGCCCUGCGUCAGCGGGAGGAGGAGGAGAGGAUGGUGCAGAGCUCGCCCCCAAGAGGCGGGGAGGACGCCCAGGCCUUCAGCAAAUGGGAGAAGGAGAGCCACGAGGCCACCAGAGAGCUACUCAAGGUCAAGGACCGACUCAUUGAGGUGGAGAGGAACAAUGCCACACUGCAGGCGGAGAAGGCGGCGCUGAGGAGCCAGCUCAAACAACUGGAGACCCAAAGCUCCAACCUGCAGGCUCAGAUCGUGGCCGUACAGAGACAGACCGCCUCUCUGCAGGAGAGCAACACCGCGCUGCAGACGCAGAGCGCCAAGCUGCAGGUGGAGAACUCCACACUGAGCUCGCAGGCCGCCGCCCUGAUGGCGCAGAACGCUCAGCUGCAGGGCCAGCAGAGCGGCGUGGAGGGCGAGCGCGAGGGGGCUUUGCGGGAGAAGGAGGAACUCAGGUCCACCUACGAACUGCUCCUGCGCGACCACGAGAAGCUGGCGGCCCUCCACGAGAGGCAGGCGUCCGAGUACGAGACGCUCAUCGGCAAGCACGGCGGCCUGAAGAGCUCCCGCAAGAGUCUGGAGCAGCGGCACCGCGACCUGGAGGACAAGUACAAGCAGCUCCUGCAGAGGAAAGGAGAUCUGGAGGACCUGGAGAAGAACCUGAAGGAGCAGCAAGAGAAAAUGUCCUCGGAGAACCAAGGUCACCGAGCCACGGCCGACCGGUGCAAACUGCUCAAAGAGGAAAAUGACAGAUUAAACGCAACGUACCGCCAGCUACAGAAAGACAACGAGAACCUCCAGCUGGACCACAAGAACAUCAAGAGUCAGCUGAACGGCGCCAAGCUGGAGCAGACCAGGCUGGAGGCCGAGUUCUCCAAGCUGAAGGAGCAGUACCAGCAGCUAGACAUCACCUCCACCAAACUCACCAACCAGUGCGAGCUGUUGAGUCAGCUGAAGGGGAACCUGGAGGAGGAGAACCGUCACCUACUGGACCAGAUCCAGACGCUGAUGCUGCAGAACCGCACGCUGCUGGAGCAGACCAUGGAGAGCAAAGACCUGUUCCACGUUGAGCAGAGGCAAUACAUCGACAAGCUGAACGAGCUGAGGAGGCAGAAAGAGAAGCUGGAGGAGAAGAUCAUGGACCAGUACAAGUUCUAUGAUCCUUCGCCUCCACGCAGGCGCAGCAACUGGAUCACACUCAAAAUGAAGAAGCUGAUCAAGCCCAAAAGCCGGGAGAGGAUGCGCUCCCUCACGCUGACGCCGUCCCGCUCGGACUGCGGCGACGGCUUCCUGUCCUUCCCCGCCGACAGCCAGGACAGCUCUUCGGUCGGCUCGGGCUCCAACUCGCUGGACGACGCGCUCACGCACAAGAGGAGCAGCAGGAGGAGAGGGCAACGGUGCCUUGCCCGAGGGCAGGGCUCCACCAAUGGUAUGCUGCGGACAGAGCGGGUGGGCGGGGUUUGCGAGCCGCCCCUCGCCUCUCUCAGGGCAUGUUUUCCUUUAAAAAGGUUGCCUUUCAUGAGGAACAGAUCCAAGGACAAAGACAAGGCCAAGGCCAUCUACCGGCGCUCCAUGUCCAUGAACGACCUGCUUCAGACCAUGACGGUGGCCGGGGGACCGGGCGCCGACUGGGCGGGCAGCACGGAGAACCUGGACGGCGGCGAGGCGGGAGACGGGGGCGGCGGGCGGCGUGGCGGGGGCGGCGGCCAGCGCAUGAAGGAGCUGGCCUUCUCCAGCGACGCCAUCGACUGCGCCGCCCUGACGCUGCCCUCCUCCGCCCAUAGGGGGCCCACCCACAGGCUCCACGUCAAAGACAACACUUCUUGCGAGGACGUCGCGGGCUCCUCGGACGACCCAAAGAGUCAAGCCUCCAGACCCUCCAGUCUCCAUAGCAACAGGACCACCAGUAGUAAUAGUAACAAUAACUCCCAGCUCACCUCUCCUCUGGAGGGAAAAGGCACGUUGAGCGGUAGCGCGAGUCGUCCUCACAGCGAGAGCAGCGGCGAGUUCAGCUUGAGUUUGGAGCAGGAGGCCUGGUCCAGCAACGGCAGCAGUCCCGUCCAGCAGCCGUCGUCGUCGCGCUCGUCCCGCCGGCGCUCCCUGGAACCCCCGCCGGCCGCCACCGUCAGGAAAACGGCGUCCCCGGGAAGCGAGGUGCUUUCGCUGCAGCAGUUCCUGGACGAGGGUAUCGACCCUGCCGAGUCGGGCAGUCAGGAAAACCUCACCGUGGACUCCCCCCGCCUCCCAGUUUCUUGUGAGCGCGUGCAGAAGGAUCGCCCCGCCGCCCGGGGCCGCGGCAUCCUGCGCUCGUCCAGCGGCAAAGCGGCGUCCGUCACCGCCGACCGCCCGCCCCGCUGCUCGGGGCAACCGGGCCGCCCCGGCUUGCGGAAGGCGGAGAGCACCCGCGUGAGGGGCUCGGCCCGGCCCGGCCUCUCCGCCCAGGCCCGGGCCACGUCCGUGUCGGAGCGUCUGGACCGGGCGUCGGCCUGCGGGUCGGCGGCCACCCUGCCCCGCGCCAGUAGCGUCAUCUCCACGGCCGAGGGCAGCUCGCGGCGCACCAGCAUCCACGACAUGCUCUCCAAGGACAGCCGGCAGCCCGUGUCCGUCGACGGGGUCCGAGCCCCGCCCGCACCCAGUGAGUACACCCCGAAGGGACCCUCUAGUAGCGCCCCCUUGCCAAAGUCCCUCAGCUCGCCGUGCCCCGGCUCGGACGAAGCCGACCUCCCCGCCCUCGAGUCUUUCCUGGGUCCCUCCUUCACCGUCGAAUCGGUCUUCAUGGACUCCAUCUUCAGCGAGUCGGCGGGCAAAAGCCUCCCCUUCCUCUCCCUCAACCCCACCCUCGUCAGCAACAUCAGCGGACCCCCCGUCGCCUCUUACCAGCCGAGCCAAUCGGACGCCCCGGCGGAGUCCGGGGCCGAGCAUUUGGACGCGGGGGAGAACCAGUCGUUGUGGUUCGAGUACGGGUGUGUGUGAUGGAGGGGGAGGUUCUGGCCCGCUGACGUGUGUGUGUGUGUGGGGGGGGGGGGGGGGGGGUAUUUUAUUUUUCUCUUGUUCUGGUGGUCCCCUGGUGUUGGUUUUCAGUUGUAUUCUUUUUAUUUUAUUUUAUUUUAUUUUAUUUUGUAUUUUAGUGCAAGUUUCUGUCGUUUUGAUACAUUUCUCGCCGUCCACAAUUGAUUUCACCUGAAAUGACCGACUAUGAACCGGAUGCUCCAGUUGAUAGCCUCUACCCACCAGCAGAUGACACAAUUAUUAUGACUAUGACUCCAACCCAAAAAUAAAUUCAACACCAAAUGAAUGUCGCAUUAAUAUUGCUAAUACAGUGGUACCUUGAUUCAUGAGGGCCCCAACUUGAGUUGAGUUGCGCACUAGCUUCAAGGAAGCUGCAAACAAAUGGAGCUAUUUGGGCAAGGAGGGCCACAGGAGGAGAUGCACAAAAUGAGAACACUCACAAAGAGCUGCUGUAGGCCACAACUCCCGCUCACACUGAAAUAACCGACCGACUUCAACUCCUCACCAGGCCACGCCCCUUAAAAGCACACAGCCAAAACACAAACACUACAGUAGUACAGUAUGUAGCGUGAAAGCAGUUUAUUUCCUUACGUUCUUUGUAUUUUUGUCACAGAACGCAUGAAAGUCUUGAGUCAAGGUACGACUGUGUUGACACGCGCCACUUGCCGUUUGUGUCUGCAAGCACCAAUUGGAUCACUGGGAUGGAAAUGGCUUUUUUUUUUUCAAUUGUUAUUUUCUUUCCUUUCCAUCUUUUUUGUACACUACACAUGGUUUCCUGUCUGUUUCUUUGUGUCUGUGACUCCCUUGGAAAAGCGGUCCUCUUCUUCGGUCGGACUCUUGCGAGGGUGGGCGACUGUUCAAAGUCGUCCGAGGGCGCAAAAAAACAAAACAAAAUGGAACAAGUUAUUAUGAAUGAAAAGUGAGUACAGGGAUGAGGCAAGUUUGUUUGUGAUUUCCUCUGGAAAAUGGAAUUCUUGUUUAGUGGGAUUGGUGCAGGGGCGGGUGACCGUGCCCAUUUUUCAAGGGCCCCAAAAAAUAGGAUGGGACAAAUGUUGAUUGUUAUACAUUCUGAGCAUUUGGCGGCCCAUCGGUUGCCCACCCCUGCGCUGCUUCGGCAAAGUGGCAUAGGUGGCUCGAGUGAAAGUGACCAUGAAAGAAAAGCAAGGCGCCAUUAACAAUGAAAGCGAGUGCAGCGAUGCUGCUGGUUGUCUACAUAUAUUAUUUCCUCUGGAAAGUGGGCUUCUUCGGCCACCGUUCAAGUCGUCAAACGGAAGAAUAUGGGGGGGAAAAAAUCUAGUAAAAUAUUUCCAUCAAAUAUUUUGGUGAGAAGUUCAAAGAUAUAUUUGGAGAAAGUACAGUGGUGUCUUGACUUGCGAGAUUAAUUCAUUACGUGACCACAACUGGUAACUCAAACACUUACUUGUAAGGAAAUGAACAGUAACAGAGACAAACAACUUCAUGCUUUAAUUCACUGUGCUGCUACGUCUGGUGUGCCUUAGCCACCAGGGGGCAGUAUACUACAGACAUAGAGUACAUAAAGAAGACUGCUGCAACUAUGUGACUUGGUAAACUGCAGUAAUAUUAGUGUUUUUUUGCAGAAAAUAAAUAUGUGCCUGUGAGUAUUGUUGUAUCCUCUUUGCAUGUCGCUACACCGUUUGUGUUUAUAUGGCCGUUAAUCAAAGCGUUAGAAGUACUACAACAUCAAUGCUACUUUCGUUAGCCCGUCUAUGGCGUUUCCCAUUAGGUGUUGGCAUUAAACAAGCAGACGUCGGUCAGCUUUGAACAAUUAUCUUCAGCUUUUUGUGAUGUUUGCUGCCAUCAUCCAGCGUUGGUCAAAGCAGAAAGUCGUUCGCUACUUUCGUUAGCCCGUCUAUGGCGUUUCCCAUUAGGUGUUGGCAUUAAACAAGCAGACGUCAGUCAGCUUUGAACAGUUAUCUUCAGCUUUUUGUGAUGUUUGCUGCCACCAUCCAGCGUUUGUCAAAGCAGAAAGUCGUUCGCGUGACGGCUCGUUUCUUAAAACUCGUAAGUCUGGUCACUCGUGAGUGGAGGUACCACUGUAUGCUAAAAAGAACGAACAUGAGACUAGCAGAGGAAUUGCAUCCCCCAAAUUCUUUUACAUUGACAUUUUUUGGGUGUGUGAAACGGGUCAAUUUGACCCGCAGCAUACUUGUAACAGUUUUUUUUUUUUUUUUUUUUAAUAAAGAAAGUGAGUGUCAAGAUGACACUCUUGUACAUAUGAAGUUAUCGUAGACGAGCGCUCUUUGCUGUGCUACUACUUCCACGCGCUUAUUUAUUCCCUCUCGCUCGGAUUUCAGUGUGUGUUUGUGUGUGUAACGACGUUGCUUUAUCCCACAGAUGUGGAGGGCAGAAAGUCAGAAAGCAGAAGUGGCGAGUGCUAAGCCCCACGCGUGGUGGUCUUGGAGGUCUGAAGCCUGGUAGACAGACGGCGUAUGUACCGUGAGGAAAACGAUUGUAAAAUCCCACCAUUUUGCUGAGUUCUCUCCCAACCUUUCUGUAGAGGAAAUGGCUUCCCUCUGUUUUUUUUUUUUUUUUCUUCCCUUGAAUCAAGGAAACGGAUGAAGAUACACCCGUUUCCCCCCUUUUUUAAUUUUUAUUUUGUUCUUCUACCGUGUCCUCCUCCGCUGUGAUGUGCACUGCUCUUUGUAAAGUUGACAAUUCAAGUGCCAAAUCACAGCCCCCCCCCCCCCCCCCCCCAAAAAAAAUAAAAAAUAAAACAAUAAGCAAAACAAAACCAACCUGGAUGAUUCCUUUUGGAUCUUCUGUGAACUUGAAUCAAGGAUGACAGCAUGUACACGCGUGUUCCAUACAUUCAGCAUGUGGACUUACAUGUUUCCAAAGUGCGCACGGCGGAGCAAUCAGCGGACCGAUCGGAACGCUUCCUGUCCUGUUGGGAUUGGUAAAUGCCACGAGAGUACUGUAUAUGCGGGCAGUGGAUAUCAAAAGUCUACGCACCCCUGGUCAAAUGCCAGGUUUUUGUGCUAUCCAAAAAAUGAGACCGAGAGAACUCACUUCAAAACAUUUCCCACCAUCUGUGUGGCCUAUAACCAGCAAAAAAUAAACGGAGGUAAUGCGGUUGCACAAGUGUGCACACCCUCCUAUCACGGUGUGUCUGUGUUGGGAAUUAACCACUCACAUUUGAACUUGUGUAGAAUGCGAGUCAGCACACACCUGCCACAAUUUAAAGUGCCUCUGAUUAACCCCAAGUUCAGAUGUUGGUAAGCUUUUCUUGACAUUUCUAGUGGAAAAAUGUUUCUUUUUGAAAACAUUACAAAUGCCUGCCAUUUGAAUAAGGGUGUGUAGAGCUUUUCUAGCCACUGUGUGUGAGGGAUGCUUCCGCAAUAAUGUACCAUCUAUGUACCAAUUAUCACUUCAUUAUUCCCAUAACGUGUUUGUCAUCUUGCACUCUGGAAGACCUUAAAAGCACACACAUACUGUAUACAGUACAUGACACACACGCUUCCUGUGAACCAGGUGCAUUAUUGUUGCUAUGGCGAUGUUUCCCUCCUUUACCACUUUUACAUAAACCCACUUGAUGUAAUUAAAAUUCAUCAAUUAAGAGAAA